AAGCAAUUUUGCUCAAGGGUAGUACAGACGAACACCACUAUUUGUGCACGAUGCUGCCCAGAGUUUUGCGAGCCUGCGGGAACUUGGCGCCCAAGACAGCAGGCUUGAGACAACAGGCUCUACGACCUCUUCUCUGUCCAGUUCAGCAGAGGUGUUUCUCAUUGACUUCCGCAGCCAAAGUGGCCAAAGAUCUAGCCGCAGAGAUUAGCCACGAGAAGGAGCAGUACCAGCAAGCCAAGGAAAUCAAGAAAUUCAUUGAUUCGACAGACUUCAAAUUGGUGGAGGCUGAGGGAGAUGUGAACAUGCACUUAGAACGCGAGAUUGAUGGCAAGUUGGUCAAAGUCGAAUGGCAACUUACGAGCCCUUUCGACCCAACAGCUGACGUGGAGGGUGAAGAGGGCGGCCAAGAAUAUGAAGCCACAGACUUCUGCAUCACCUUGGAGAACAAGAGUGGUGCUGGCGUGUCCUUCUACUGCAGCACACAGACCGGUGAGGACCACCGCUACGUCAUUGGCAAUGUGAAAUCCUUUGCCAGCAAGGAGGAAAAGGAGAGUGUGAGCUCUUACAAUGGUCCUGAAUUCGAGGACAUCGAUGAAAAGCUUCAGGAGAGCUUGGAUGAGCUGUUGGCAGAGGCCGGUGUGAACGCGGAACUCUGCGAUUUUAUUGACGCAACGGCGUUGGACAAGGA